AUGAGGGGACUCCUGGUGCUGUCCACAGUGUUUGUGGCUGUCUUCGGCCUGAAGGCUUUUGAAGGUGAUAAGGUGCUGAGGAUUUUAGCCAAAAAUGAGGACCAGAUCUCUCUGCUUCAGGACCUGACUGAGAUGGACCAGCUGCAGCUGGACAUCUGGAAGGAACCUACCCACCCCACCCUCCCUGUGGAUAUCCAUGUUCCCUUUGAAAGCCUUCAGUCAGUCAAGGCCUUCCUGGAAGCCAACGAGAUUGAGCACUACAUCAUGAUUAAUGACCUACAGGCUCUUAUCGAUGAGGAACGGCAUGAGAUGCAAAGUACCCGUUUCAUCGAACCCAGGAACACAGAUAACUUUGACUAUGCCCAGUACCAUACCCUGGACGAGAUUAAUGCUUUUAUGGACAUGCUGGUAGCUGAAAACCCCAACCUCGUUACGAAGCUCCGGAUCGGCAGCAGCUAUGAGCAGCGACCUCUGUAUGUACUGAAGUUCAGUUCUGGUCCAAACCGCCCUGGUUUCUGGAUUGACACUGGUAUCCACUCCAGAGAAUGGGUCACACAAGCCGCUGGCAUCUGGUUUGCCAAGAAGAUUGUAAUUGACUAUGGACGUAACCAGGCUUUCACUGCAAUCCUCAACAAGAUGGACAUUCUCCUUGAGAUUGUAACCAACCCUGAUGGAUACCACUACACCCACACUACAAACCGCAUGUGGCGCAAAACUAGGAAACCCAACCCUGGAAGUUCCUGUGUUGGAGUUGACCCAAACAGAAACUGGGAUGCUGGCUUUGGAGGUCCUGGAGCUAGCUCCAACCCUUGCAUGGAGACAUACCGUGGGCCGAGCGCUCACUCAGAAUCUGAGGUGAAGUCCAUCGUAGAUUACGUGAAGUCCCAUGGAAACAUAAAGGGCUUCAUAUCCAUCCACAGUUACUCGCAAAUGCUGAUGUAUCCCUACGGAUAUACUAAGACUCCGGUUCCCAAUCAGCCAGAGCUGCAUGAUCUUGCUAGGAGGGCCAUUGCCAACCUAGCUUCUCUAUAUGGAACCAAAUACACAUAUGGCAGCAUUAUCACCACCAUCUACCAAGCUAGUGGUGGCACUAUAGACUGGACCUACGAUCAGGGCAUCAAAUACUCCUACACCUUCGAGUUAAGAGACACCGGACGCUAUGGCUUCUUGCUACCAGCCAAUCAGAUCAUCCCCACAGCUCAAGAGACCUGGCUGGGCCUCAUGACUAUCAUGCAGCACACUAAGGACAACCUCUACUAAAAUGCACUAUAGUGGUUUCAGCAGUUGUAAAUACGCUACAGUGUGCAUCAGUACCUCAAACAUUUUCCAGUUAAGAAAUCCACCUAUU